GACCUCGCCUUUAAGCCCGAUGGAACCCAACUGAUUUUGGCUGCAGGAAACAGAUUACUGGUUUAUGACACCUCCGAUGGCACCUUACUUCAGCCUCUAAAAGGGCACAAAGACACUGUGUACUGUGUGGCAUAUGCAAAGGAUGGCAAGCGCUUUGCUUCUGGAUCAGCUGACAAAAGUGUUAUUAUCUGGACAUCAAAAUUGGAAGGCAUUCUGAAGUACACGCACAAUGAUUCUAUACAGUGUGUCUCCUACAAUCCUGUGACCCACCAGCUGGCAUCCUGUUCCUCCAGUGACUUUGGCUUGUGGUCUCCUGAACAGAAGUCUGUCUCUAAGCAUAAAUCAAGCAGCAAAAUCACCUGCUGCAGCUGGACAAAUGAUGGUCAAUACCUGGCUCUGGGGAUGUUCAAUGGGAUCAUCAGUAUCCGGAACAAAAGCGGCGAGGAGAAAGUAAAGAUCGAGCGGCCAGGGGGCUCCCUCUCCCCAAUAUGGUCCAUCUCCUGGAACCCUUCUAGAGAGGAACAUAAUGAUAUCCUGGCCAUAGCUGACUGGGGACAGAAACUUUCCUUCUACCAGCUGAGUGGAAAACAGAUUGGGAAGGAUCGGUCACUGAACUUUGACCCCUGCUGUAUCAGCUACUUUACUAAAGGGGAGUACAUUUUGCUGGGGGGCUCAGAUAAGCAAGUAUCCCUUUUCACCAAGGAUGGUGUACGCCUUGGGACUGUCGGGGAGCAGAACUCCUGGGUGUGGACGUGUAAAGUGAAACCAGAUUCCAACUAUGUGGUGGUAGGCUGCCAGGAUGGCACCAUCUCCUUCUACCAGCUUAUUUUUAGCACAGUCCAUGGGCUCUACAAGGACCGGUAUGCCUACAGGGACAGCAUGACUGACGUCAUUGUGCAGCACCUGAUCACCGAGCAGAAAGUUCGGAUUAAAUGCAAAGAGCUUGUCAAGAAAAUUGCCAUCUACAAAAAUCGAUUAGCUAUCCAACUGCCAGAGAAAAUCCUCAUCUAUGAGUUGUAUUCAGAUGACUCGUCAGACAUGCAUUACCGGGUGAAGGAAAAGAUUGUCAAGAAGUUUGAGUGCAACCUCCUGGUGGUGUGUUCAAACCACAUCAUCCUCUGCCAGGAGAAAAGGCUUCAGUGUCUGUCCUUUAGUGGAGUGAAGGAGCGAGAGUGGCAGAUGGAGUCUCUCAUUCGCUACAUCAAAGUGAUUGGUGGUCCUUCUGGAAGAGAAGGUCUGUUAGUGGGCCUGAAGAAUGGGCAGAUCCUCAAGAUCUUCGUGGACAAUCUCUUUGCCAUCGUACUGCUCAAACAGGCCACAGCUGUGCGAUGCUUGGACAUGAGCGCCUCCCGCAAUAAGCUGGCCGUGGUGGAUGAAAAUGACACAUGUUUAGUGUAUGACAUUCACACCAAGGAACUGCUCUUCCAGGAACCAAAUGCCAACAGUGUGGCCUGGAACACCCAAUGUGAGGACAUGCUUUGCUUCUCUGGAGGAGGCUACCUCAACAUCAAAGCCAGUACCUUCCCUGUGCACCAGCAGAAGCUGCAGGGCUUUGUGGUUGGCUACAAUGGCUCCAAGAUCUUCUGCCUCCACGUCUUCUCCAUGUCAGCCGUGGAAGUACCCCAGUCUGCUCCAAUGUACCAAUACCUGGAUCGGAAAAUGUUCAAAGAAGCCUACCAGAUCGCUUGCUUGGGUGUGACAGAUACUGACUGGCGUGAACUGGCCAUGGAAGCUCUAGAAGGAUUAGAGUUUGAAACAGCAAAGAAGGCUUUCACCAGAGUGCAAGACCUCCGAUACUUAGAGCUCAUCAACAGCAUUGAGGAGAGGAAGAAGCGAGGAGAGACCAACAAUGACCUGUUUCUGGCAGAUGUGUUUGCCUACCAGGGGAAGUUCCACGAAGCUGCCAAACUGUACAGGAGGAGUGGGCGCGAGAACCUUGCGCUUGACAUGUACACCGACCUCCGCAUGUUUGAGUAUGCCAAGGAUUUCCUUGGAUCUGAAGACCCCAAAGAAACAAAGAUGCUAAUCACCAAACAAGCUGACUGGGCCAGAAAUAUUAACGAGCCCAAAGCUGCUGUGGAGAUGUACAUCUUGGCGGGGGAGCACACCAAGGCUAUUGAGAUCAGCGGCGACCAUGGCUGGGUAGACACGUUAAUCGACAUUGCCCGCAAGCUGGACAAGGCUGAGCGGGAGCCCCUGCUGAUGUGUGCACAUUAUUUCAAGAAGCUGGAUAACCCUGGCUACGCUGCCGAGACCUACUUGAAGAUUGGUGACCUGAAGUCUUUAGUUCAGCUGCAUGUGGAGACCCAGCGCUGGGAUGAGGCCUUUGCUUUGGGCGAGAAGCACCCUGAGUUUAAGGACGACAUCUACAUGCCCUAUGCUCAGUGGCUGGCAGAGAAUGAUCGUUUUGAGGAAGCCCAAAAAGCGUUCCACAAGGCCGGGCGGCAGGGAGAGGCAGUCAGGGUGCUAGAGCAGCUCACACACAAUGCCGUGGUGGAGAGCAGAUUUAAUGACGCGGCCUAUUAUUUCUGCAUGCUGUCCAUGCAAUGCCUCGAUAUAGCUCAAGAUCCUGCCCAGAAGGAUGUGAUGCUUGGCAAGUUCCACCACUUCCAGCACUUGGCGGAGCUAUACCAUGGCUACCACGCCAUCCAGCGGUACACGGAGGAACCGUUCAGUUUCCAUCUUCCCGAAACCCUUUUCAACAUCUCCAGAUUCCUGCUGCACAGCCUGACCAAGGAUACUCCCUUGGGCAUCUCUAAAGUGAACACGCUCUUCACUCUGGCCAAGCAGAGCAAGGCCCUGGGUGCCUACAAGCUGGCCCGGCAUGCCUAUGACAAGCUGCAAGGCCUGAAGAUCCCUGCCAGGUUCCAGAAAUCCAUCGAGCUGGGCAGCCUAACCAUCCGCUCCAAGCCCUUCCAGGACAGUGAGGAGCUGGUGCCCUUGUGUUACCGCUGCUCCACCAACAACCCGCUGCUCAACAACCUGGGCAAUGUCUGCAUCAACUGCCGCCAACCCUUUGUCUUCUCUGCCUCUUCCUAUGAAGUUCUGCACCUGGUCCAGUUCUAUUUGGAGGAUGGGAUCACUGACGAAGAAGCCAUCGCCCUCAUUGACCUGGAGGCACCAAGACACAAUAAGCGGGAGGGCAAGUGGCAAGAGUUCACGAGCAACAAUUCUCAGUCCCUAAGGCUUGACGAGACCAGGGACUCCAUGGGUGAUGAUGACCCAUUCACAGCAAAGCUGAGCUUUGAGCAGGGCGGCUCAGAGUUUGUGCCGGUGGUGGUUAGCCGGUCAGUGCUGCGCUCCAUGAGCCGCCGGGAUGUCCUCAUCAAGCGCUGGCCGCCGCCCCUGAGGUGGCAGUACUUCCGCUCACUCCUGCCUGAUGCCUCCAUCACUAUGUGCCCCUCCUGCUUCCAGAUGUUCCACUCUGAGGACUACGAGCUCCUUGUGCUCCAACACACCUGCUGCCCCUAUUGCCGGCGGCGCAUUGAUGACCCCAACCCCUGA